CGAUCGGAAGUCAUCUCUUUUGCGUAUCUCUCAAAUUUCAACUCCCUCAUGGAAAAAUCUCCAUCAAUGGAGGCUCCGAUGUCCCUCUACCUUCUUCUCCUAGCCCUCUUCCUUCAAACCCACCUCUACUUUUCUGCCGCCGAUCCAGAACUCAAUCUCAUCCGUCCAUUCACUUCCGUCGAAGACGUCCACGAUCUCCUCCCCGCGUACGGCUUCCCAAAGGGUCUCCUUCCCAACAAUGUCAAGUCCUAUACUCUCUCAGACGACGGAGACUUCUCGGUGGAGCUGUAUAACCCGUGUUACGUUCAAUUUGAUCAGCUGGUUUACUAUGAUAAGCAGAUCAAAGGGAAGCUGAGUUAUGGUUCUGUACACGGCGUGUCCGGGAUUCAGGCGAAGAAGCUGUUCAUCUGGGUGUCUGUUACUGGAAUCGAGGUGGACAAGAUUUCUGACAUGAUUGAGUUCUAUGUUGGGGCUUUGUCUGAGAAACUACCGGCCAAGGAUUUCCAAGUUAUUCCCGCUUGUAAGAGCAAGGCUUCUCGAUUGACUCGCCUGGAUUCUGUUUGAUGGCAGGUGGAACCCAGGUUUAUUGUUUCAUCUUCAUCACACAAUCUAUUUGAAGCUUUCCAGAUGAACAUAAUUUGCUUCUGUAAAAACAGGCAGCACAACAAUGUACUUAUUUCGCCGUUUAUACUCGUAUAUUAAACCAUACAUCUGUUUCCAUGGCACAGAUGUUCUAGAAAUUGAUCAUCUGAGAAUUUAUCUUGUAAUAAUGUUCAGAUUGUCCGACUAUCCAGUCUUAUUAUCUAUAAAACGACUCUUGUUAU